CCAUGCUGACGCGAUCUAUAAUCAUAUUCGACCUCUUCAUCUCUCCUGUCAGUUCGGGACGUCUGGGAAAGAGAGCGCCACCUAAUGAACACAGUGGUCCCGUCGGGCAGGGCAGAGAGGCGAGACGGUACGGUGAAUCGCGCGCAGUUCCCGCCCCUGUCCCCGUGCGCGCCUCAUCAGACUUCUCACAUGUUUGUCGACCAUGAAAUGCUGGAGACAAUCUUGUGCAGUGUUGUUGUUUAAGUCGUGCGGUUUUAGCGUAGAGUUGGGGACGGUGUUAUUAUUUUUUUUAAAAGUCCCCAAUGUUUACUCGUAGCUUGUGAGUUGGUUCGUGUUUACUCCCUUUUUUUAUUUUUUUUUUAUUUUUUUUUCAUUGUUAUUGAUAGUCUGUUAGUUGUUAAUCGUUAUCACAGUUAUGGAAUCACAGAAUCAGGAUGGGACAGUCGUAGUGCCUACUGAAGUUCCCAAUGACCCUGGAAAAAUGUUUAUUGGCGGUCUCAGUUGGCAAACUAGUCCAGAAUCGUUACGAGAAUAUUUCAGUAAAUUUGGAGAAAUUUCGGAAGUAAUGGUGAUGAAGGACCCAGCGACAAGGCGAUCAAGCCGGCCAGGGGAACUUCUACUGGACAGUGCCGGAAGACCGAUGUACAACUCAAGGGGUUUCGGUUUUGUUACGUUUGCCGAAGCGAGUAGUGUUGAAAAAGUAUUAUCACAAGCAAUACAUGAACUAGACGGAAAAAAGAUUGAUCCCAAAGUAGCGUUUCCUAGGAGAGCACACCCAAAGAUGGUCACUAGAACAAAAAAGAUUUUUGUAGGGGGUCUUUCGGCUCCGACGACUUUAGAAGAUGUCAAAACUUAUUUCGAACAAUUUGGACCGAUCGAAGACGCCAUGUUAAUGUUCGACAAACAAACAAAUAGACAUAGAGGUUUUGGUUUUGUAACGUUCCAGUGUGAAGAUGUGGUCGAUAAAGUCUGCGAAAUUCACUUUCACGAAAUUAAUAAUAAAAUGGUAGAGUGUAAGAAAGCUCAGCCGAAGGAAGUAAUGUUACCAGCCAACUUAGCGAAAACGAGAGCGGCGAGUAGAGGAACGUACGAUUUUAUGUGGUCACUUGGCGCCGCCCUAUCAGAUGGUUUUCCGUCAACUGCAGCGUAUGCCGCAUACACGGCUGGCCGCGCGGGAUAUUCUGGCUACCCCAGCUUUGGACUACCUUAUCCAGCAGUGAUGAACAAUUACCAGGCAGCGGCUGCUGUGGCGGCGCAGGGUUUCGGGCCCCCGCCGGCCUCGCCGCAUGCGACGACGACUCGCGGCGGUUUCCCGGCGGCCAAUUCCCCCGGACCCACGAUUGACAUGUACACCUCCAGCGGCAACGAGAGCGUCACAGGCUACGUUCAGGCUGCUUCACCUCAACCCUCUGCUGCCUUCCCAACAAUAGCAGUUUCCCGGGCUCCUAUCAAUUACAACCCGGGACCAUUGAUUCCGGCUGCAUUCACCAACGGUUACCAUUGAGUGCCAUUGUAUAGUCACGAGCAUAUGCCAACUGAUCUUUGAGGUUUUUGUUGAUCUUCUGAAGUCGAGCAGUUUCUGAAGGCAAUUUUAAAGCGAUCUAGUCGAUAAAUAAAUCGGUGACUCAUCUUUUAAUAAUUUCAAAGCGGAACAAAUGAGAGGUGUAUAUUUGUGUGUGUAUAUUCAAGUAUGUCAUGUAAUUUUAUCAUACUUCAAUAAUACUCAUUCAAAACUGUUGAUUUUUACAAUAUUUAAAGAGUCUAAUAAUUAUUUGAGGGGUCUAUACAUUUUACGAGAAAUUCAAGAACUGAAAUUAAAUUUUGAACUAAUUUUAAGACAUUUUUGCUGGUUUAUUCAUCCUUUAUCUUCGAAAAUUCUGCAUCAACUUUUUCUUGGUUUUUCUUUAUUUUUCUUUGUGACUUUUACUUGUUCAAUUUCAAUUCUAUAACACAAGGAUACUUCUCUACCUGACCUAUUGCUCACUCUAUAAAUUAUAUUUUCUUAAAUUUUCUAAGACUUAAGAAACUAACAAAAGAAGGAACAAUAAGCUAAACCCACAUCAAGGUUUUUGUUCAACAACUAUUUUAUUUUUAUUCACUUGCGAUUCUGUUUUUGUUAUCAUUUUUCCUACAUAUCAUAUUAGUUGUCCUAGUCAAAUCGUACAUCGGCUUUCAAAAGAAAAAAUAAUAUGUGAUCCAGGGCAGUCAGUUUUUCAAUUUAUACUCAGACCUUGAAGAGGUUGAGAUAUACUAUUGCUCACUGACAAUUACAAACGAUUUUGAUGAGCUUGAGAACACGUUUUUCAGCCACAAAACAAUUCUUCAGGGACCUUUACCUAUUUUCUCCAACGGAAAAAUUAUAAAUAAUUGAACGUUUGAAACGUGGUAGGUACUGAGUUAUUGGUGGGUUUUUAAGUAGACGUUUCGGAACAUUCUCAUCCUUUACGUGAAUCAUAAUUGUUUUCCCCCAUUUUUUCUCUCUUCCUCUUUCCCUUGAUUCUUUUAUCCUCAUAAAUACUUGAAAAAUGAAGCUCAUUCUUAGACCGUCUCAUUUUCGCAUGUAAUUUCAGAAAACUAUAAAUGGCACAUUAUUGUAACGCAUAUCGAAGGUGGAACUAUGAUUUUACAAGCUAACUCGCCUUUUUAGGAGGUCAUAAACGUUCCGCGUCCGCUAUCUCUGACAAUGAGAUAAUCAAACUCGAGCAUGACUGAAAUGAGAUACCUCUCAGCUUCUGGCGAGCACUUAAAAAUCGUCCCCACUGAAUAAAUUUUUGCGAGGAAUACUUAGAUACGUUUCUCAAACCUUUUUGACUUGUGAUAUGUGUAAUUAAGUACCAGAUUUUGGGCUUAUCUUUGUUUAGACCCUAAUCAUAAAUAGACCCAAUAUUAAAUUGCAUCAAGUGUAGUGUGUUUAAAUUUACGGUGUAAUUAAAUUUAAUUUACUUAGCAGGAAGCUUCCGUUAAUCCCACAAAAUCUUUCAUCGCGAUGCCGGAAUUCCAUUCCAACGGAUUGCAGAUUAUUUUUCACUGCGCACGAAGUGCACGAGCGGCAGUCGCGGCAGCAAGAAAUAAUGCGGCGCUAUCUUUUUUUUUGUUCGUUUAGUCUAUAAUCUGGUUUUCCAUGCUGUCUGAAAGAUCUCUAUUGGGUACGCUGGCACAUUGCACGGACGCUUUUUGCAAGUUAACUCCGAGUUUUGCACGCUUUACCGCUCGAACCAUAAUAUUUUGAUCGCAGAAAAAGAAUAUCUCCUGAAAUCGAGGAACGCAGUUUCGUAGUUUCACCAUCAAUAAGUUAGUAUUGUGUAAACAGUCCCAAAUCCCAAGCACUAAAAAAACCGCUUGAAGGGAAAUUUCCACCGAAGCUUCGUGGUCAUACAAUUUCCAACUGUUUAAAAACUUGAAUAAUAACAUAUCGAUUUUAACAAUCACUUUACUGAAAGUUAGAGAAAAUCCGGUUACUAUUUACCAACGGAAUUUUAAAGUCAUAAUUUUAGUAUACCUCUGUAUUUAUGAGUUCAUCGAUCCGUCGCACUCGGGCAAUACAACUAAAAACACUUCGUUUCUGUUACCUAGGAAUAAAUAAAUAUUUCUUUUUUUUUAAAUGUCCCAUGAGGAGUUUCUUUUUUUGGUCCAUAAGUAAAAAACAGUAAUUAACCUACAAUAAAUCUUUAGGUAAACAUUGUAGAUCCUGUCUACAGAUAUUGGUAGGUUCUUUUAAGUUUGGUUUCACAUUUUUUCAUUUAUUUUCUCCUGUCCUUUUAAUGAAUACAUGACUACAUAAUUUAGUCCGUCUCUCGGCAACUAAAGACAAUUUCCUCACUGAGUGAGGAAGAUCGACUUCUCUGUUCCCGCUUGUAGGAAACCCACGGAUAACUUGGUUUCGUAAGGCUAUUUAGGUGUCUGAAAACCACGUGUAAAACUAUAGUACAUGGUGGAGCACAGACUGACUUCAAAAGUACUACCGAAUCACACUUCUGGCACUUUUCUCAGCUGGUGGUCAAUUUUUAAAACCAAUUACUAAAGUUUGCCUCACACCAUUUUCAAGCGCACUUAACGACUUUCAGUGAAGUCACAAUCGUUCGUAUAGAUAUAUACUUUGGAGUUUAUCCAUCCUAUUUGGGCAAUACAACUAAAAACGUUCAACCUCUGCCAUUGGUUGGUUUACUAAUGAAGAACAGUUGUUAACAUUCAUUAUUUUUUCUCCUCUCGUUUUCUUGUGUAGAAGUUGUAUGUCAAAAGUUCAUCGUAGGAUUUUUAUUUCUAUCAAUUUUUUUCCUGUCCAUUUAAAGUCGAUACAAUGAACCUUCAUUUAUCUUUCGGCAAUGAAUGUUACUCGCCGUUAAGCAAUUUCGUGAAUAAAUCGUUUUUUUAAGGAAUUGCAAGGGUUUGAAAACUAUUUUUAAAACCAGAGAACAUGACGGAGUACAGACUGAGCGGAAAAGUACCACUGAAUCAUAGUUCUGGCACAUUUCGCGGUCAGUGGUCGUAUUGUAAUCUUGAUUACUCAAGUAUGUCCUCCGCUUUCCUAGUUAACCCUUUUUUAUUUUAGCUGAUUCUCGUGGAGAAACAUUUUGUCUAUCUACAGGCAUUUAACUCGUUCCUCAAGUUCGUCACGUUUUAACAACUCUCCAAUUUUACAAAAUUAUCUAUAAGAUCCAAAUUGCUGAAAGAUGAAGAACUGUAUUACAAAAGGACACCGGCUUGCUUGAUCAUGAAGAAUACACUCAAACACCCCCCCCCCCCCAAAAAAAAAAAACAUAAUUAAUCUGAAUUUUGACCUUGCAAUUUUAGUUGUGUUGCCCUUUUGAUCGUUGGGGCGUUGUAAACCAAAUCCAAGAAUUUUGCUCAUUGAUUAUUUUUCGUUUCUUAUACAUUACUUCCACAAUCCUCUCUCUCAGCCUUAGUAAACAAGUUCUUGUAGGUAUCUUAAAAAUAUUAUUCAACUGUUCAUGAAAGUAAGCAGUUAUACUUUUAAGAUGUAGACUUAGAUAAAAAAAACCGACGGAAGAAAAUAUUGAUGCAUUAUUUUUAGUUUGGUCAAUUUCACUAAGCUAGCAUAUAUAUAUUAAACAUAUGUUUUAUAUAUAUACAAUUUAAAUAUAUAUAAAACGAUUAUUAAUGAUAGGGAAUAGCCAUAAAUGUUGCCGUUUUUAUUCUACACACAAGAAUAAGAUUGUGGGUAAUAAUACAUUUUAAGAAAAGGAAAAACAAGUUUCUAUUUUUUCUCCGUUUGGGAGUAUCUUGAAACGUAACUUUAUUAUAUUUUUUUUUAAUUUUUAUUUUUUUUUAUAUUAUAAAAAAAAUCUUUGUUGCAUUUGAGAAUUUUACUUUGUUAAACGUUUCUGUUUACUUGAAAUCCAAGUAAAACAUUGUUAGAAACUGUUAAUUAGCUUCAUUGUAAUUUAAAAAAGAAAAAAUAUUUAUAUUUAUCCUCCAUUCAAAUGACAUUCGACCAAUACGCAAACUUCAUCGAUUUUGAAUAUGGAUGAUACAUGGGGAGCAUUCCUCGUUAAUCCAAUAAAUCUUCAUCUAUUGUUUCGUUUUUUCAA